UCUUCUCCGUCGUCUUCUGCUACUGAUUCUACAGCUGGUGAUGCUGACAGUGUUAAAAUCCCCCCUCAUCGGGAAAAGUAUGAUGUGUUCAUCAGUUUCAGAGGUGAGGACACCCGCCGUGGCAUCACCAGCCAUCUUCACCAGGCCUUAGAACAGAGCAAAAUUGAAACCUACAUAGAUGACAGACUUCAGAGAGGAGAAGAAAUUGGACCUGCCCUUGUAGAAGCAAUCGAGAAAUCUAGGCUUUCGGUGAUCAUUUUCUCAAAAAACUACCCUUCUUCCACGUGGUGUUUGAAGGAACUUGUGCAUAUACUCAAAUGCAAGGAAAGAUGUGGCCAGAUGGUUAUACCCGUAUUCUACGACAUCAGUCCAUCGGAUAUACGAAACCAACAGGGGAGCUAUGCGGUUGCAUUUGCUCGACUUGAAAAACGUUUCAAGGACAGUAUCAAUCAAGUUCAAGAGUGGAGGAAUGCUUUGACGACUGCAGCCAAUCUAUCUGGGUUUGAUUACUCAAACAAUCCCUGGACGGAGGCAGUUCUAGUUAAGAAAGUUGUUGAUGAUAUUUGGAACAAAUUGAUUCGCGAAUCAUCAUGUGAUUUAAAGGGCCUGGUUGGAAUUGAAAGACGCAUCGAGCAAAUCGAAUCUUUAUUAUGCAUUCAUUCACCAGACGCUUGUAUCACUGUAGGAAUUUGGGGGAUGGGUGGUAUUGGCAAGACCACCAUUGCUGAAACUGUAUUUCACAAACUCUCUUCUAAAUUUGAAGCCAGUUGUUUUCUUAGAAAUGUUAGGGAGAACUCAGAACAAACAAAUGGAAUAGAUCGCUUGGAAGAAAAACUUCUUAAAGAGAUAUUAAAGAAAGAAGAUCUAUCCAUAGGAUCAACUUUUGUUAGGGAAAGCCUCAGUCGUACAAAGGUCCUCAUUGUUCUUGAUGAUGUGAGUGAUUCAAUGCAAAUGGACCAUUUAGCUGGCAAGCGUCUUCAGUAUGGCACUGGAAGUAGAAUCAUUAUCACGAGUAGAGAUAGGAGGACGCUUAGGCCAACUGUUGAAGAGGAUAAGAUCUACGAGGUUGAGGGAUUAAAACCAGAUGACGCUCUUCAGCUCUUCUGUUCCCGUGCUUUCAAGAAUAACAGUACUCCUGUAACAGAUUAUAAGGGGUUGGCAGAAAAGGCGGUGGAUUAUGCUGGAGGCAUUCCUUUAGCUCUCGUACUUCUGGGGUCCUCAUUCCUAAACUGCAAGAGCAAAGAAGAAUGGGAAGAUGAAUUGAACAAAUUGAAAAAAUUUCCCAAUGCAAAAAUCCAUGAAGUGUUGAGACUGAGUUAUGAUAGAUUGGGAAGAAAUGAGAAGGAGAUAUUUCUGGAUAUAGCAUGUUUUCAUAAAGGGAAGGAUGUUUACAAGGUAAAACGAAUGUUAGAUGUUCGUGGAUUGUUUGCGGUUGGCGGAAUUAGAGUUCUCGUUGAUAUGUCUCUCGUAUCAAUUCAUUCAACAAAGAAAACAAUAGAGAUGCAUGAUCUGCUACAAGAAAUGGGAAGCACAAUUGUUCUCGAACAGUGUAUUGAAGAUCCUGGUCAACGGAGUAGGUUGUUCAAGGAUGAGGAUGUCAGUUGUGUACUGCAAAAUAACACAGGAACUCCAAUUGUUCAAGCCAUAGUGGUUGAUUGGUAUAAGAUUGAAGAGCAAACAUUUGCAGACUUCAAAGUGAUGUCUAACCUAAUGAUGCUAAUUGUGCAUUGCACUGGAUGGUUUCGCGCUAGAACCGCUUCUCUAGAUCUUCCCAAUUCUCUUCGUUAUCUUUAUUGGGAUCAAUAUCCUUUGAAAUGUUUGCCGUCAAAUUUUUCUCCUGAAAAUCUAGUUGAGCUUCAUAUGCCCUGGAGCAAUGUUAAAAAGCUAUGGAAUGAAGAGCAGAGACUUGUGAAAUUAAAAGUGAUCAAUCUGAAGUGGUCUAGAAAUCUAACUGAAGUUCCAAAUCUCUCUGGGAGUCGAGAAAUUGUGCGCGUAAAACUUAAUGGUUGUGACAAUUUGGUUGAAAUUCCUGGGUAUUUUCAACGUCUUGACAAGCUUACUCAUCUUGAUCUUGAAGAUUGCGAGAGUCUCAAGUAUCUUCCAGAGAUGCCAGAGAAUAUUGAAAUCUUAAAGUUAUGUGGAAGUGGUAUACAGGAGUUGUCUGAUUCAGUUUGGUCUCACGAAAAAAUUUCUUACUUGGAUAUAAGAGGAUGUAGAGACCUUAAGAAACUUCCAAGCAACAAGUGUAAGCUGAAAAUCUCCGGUUGUUUUGAUCUAUGGUUAUGCACAUCUCUUGGCCAGGUUUCUGAGCUUCCCAGGAAUAUAAGUGAAUUAUCAUUGGGUUAUUGCAAGAGACUUGUGAGCCUCCCAACCGACAUUUGUAAGUUAAAAUCUCUCAAGAAACUCAAUCUCUCUGGGUGCUCUAAACUUGGAAACUUCCCAGAGAUCUUGGAGCCCAUGGAACAUUUGGAAUAUCUUAAUCUAAAGGAAACAGCCGUUCAAGAGCUACACUCAUCAAUCGAGUUUCUCCCUGCUCUCGAAAAAAUUAAAUUAUUGUUUUGCACAAGGCUUUCAAGUAUCCCGAGUAGUAUCUACAGUUUAACCAACCUUAAAACUCUCAGGUUUCGUUACUGUCGGGAACUCAAAGGGUUGCCGUCUGGCUCGAUUCGUUUGCUAUCUUUGGAAGUUCUUGACCUCCAUGGCACCCGCAUAUCAGAAAUCCCUGAUGGUCUCGUUGGCUCAACCUCAUUGCAAGAUUUGGAUCUGAGUAGAAGCAUGAUCAGGAGCAUACCUGCAAGCAUCAAACAAGCUUCUCAGUUGCAUAGACUAAGCUUAAUUGGGUGCAAGCGGCUUCAAUCAUUACCAGAGCUCCCAGUGCUAUGUAAUCUUGAAGCUGAAGGCUGCACGUCGCUGAAGACAGUGCCAAGUUCAAGGACAGCACUCACACAAGGUUGGGAUAAAUACACAUACUUUGGGAACCGUAAUUUUUUGAAUUGCCGAAAAUUGGAUCAUAAUGCAAGAAGCAACAUAAUGGCUGAAGCACAACUUAUAUUUAUGCGAAAUGCAACUAAGCCAAGAAAGGAAUCUUGGAUACCUAUGUUUAGCAUUGUAUGUCCGGGAAAAGAAAUUCCAAAGUGGUUCAGCUUCAGCUAUCAAAGUGAGGGAUCUUCAGUCCAUAUCAAGCUUCCUCCAGAGUUUAUUCGAACAGGUUUGUUGGGCUUCGUUCUCUCUAUUGUUGUUUCUUGUGUUUCCAACUGCAAUAAAUGGUUUGCAAUAAGAGCUAGGUGCAAUGUCAAAUCCCUGGGUGAAAGCCAUGAACUGUUCACUUCUUCCUUCAUUGUCAAACGAAAGAGCCGGAUAUUGAAUGACUGCUGUGACGACGGACAAGAUCACGUGUACAUGUGGUAUGAAAGCGUUAUAAGUGAAGAAGCAGAAAUGUGCUCCCCUGAUGUUUACAAACUUGCAAAUGAGGCCUCUGUUGAAUUCCGCGUGGAGGAUUCUAAUCGCACUCCCAUUUCCAGCGUGAAGGUGAAAAAAUGUGGUAUAUGGCCGUUGUAUGCGGAAGAUGUUGAGAAAUUCAAACUCGAUCGUGUCUUCCUAUCUGGGGAACCAAAAAUACAAGAAGAAACAAGAGAAGAUGAAACUUGGGAAGCCAGUGGAUCAAGUUAUAAGAAUAAAGCAAAUGAAAGUGAUGAUGAGUCAGAAGCCAGUGAAUCAAGUAAUAAGGCACAACUAUCUCAACUAUAUGAUGAGCAACUAGCAUAUGAUAUUAUGCUUUUCAAGGAUCAAGUGAAUGCCCUUUUGGAUAUGUAG